AUGUCCGAUGUCGUGGGGGCACGCCGGAACAAGAGCUCUGCCCCGACCCCCUUCCCCCUGGCUGGCAUCCCGGGCCUGGAGGCCAAAGGCGCCUGGCUCGCCGUCCCUUUUUGCUCCCUGUACGCAGCGGCCUUCUUGGGGAAUGCCGCCAUCCUUCUUGUGGUCGUGAGGGUCCCCGGCCUCCACAGGCCCACAUGCUACUUCUACCUCUCCAUGCUGGCCGUGGCCGAACUGGGCAUGUCCGUCUCCACCCUCCCCACUGUGGCGAGCGUCUUCCUGUUCGGUGCCAGAGAGAUCGGGGCGGACGCCUGCCUGGCCCAGAUGUUCUUCAUCCACUACUUCUCCAUCAUGGACUCCGGGGUCCUCUGGGCCAUGGCUCUGGACCGCCUCGUCGCCAUCUACAGCCCCCUCCAGUACGCCACCCUCCUGACCCACCCCAGGGUCGCCCUGAUCGGUCUGGGCAUUGCCGUGCGGAGCGUCGUCGUUAUGGUCCCCUUGCCUCUUCUCCUCAGGAGGCUGCCCUUUUGCAGAGCCAACUCCCUCGCCCACGCCUUCUGCCUGCACCCAGACUUAAUCCGGCUUCCGUGUGCCGACACCACACUCAACAGCCACUGCGGCUUGUUUGUGGUGCUCUCUACUUUCGGGCUCGACUCCCUCUUCAUCUUCCUGUCCUACAUCCUGAUCGUCAAGACGGUGCUGGGCAUGGCCUCGCGGGAAGGGCGGCUCAGGGCUCUCAACACC